AUGGAAAUUGAAAAUAAUGAUAUUUCUUUUCUGCUUGGUUCUCGAGAAUUCAAGAAAGACGAGAAUGUUGCUCAGUUUAUAGAAGAGAUGACUAAAAAAGCUGGGUUGGUUCAAGAAAAUGUGUUGGCUGAGAUUCUUGAAUUGAACAAAAAUGUUGAGUAUUUAAAGAGAUUUAAUCUUGACGGAGCUAUGGAUUUGCAGACGUUUAAAUCGAAGAUACCCGUUGUUAACUAUGAAGAUAUUCGACCUGAUAUUCGAAGAAUUGCCGAUGGAGAUCAGUCUGAUAUCUUGACAGCUUAUCCCAUUUCUGAAUUCUUGAUUAGUUCUGGAACUUCAGAUUGUGAAAGAAAACUUAUACCAAUAACUAAACAAGAGCUGGCUCGUCGCCAAUUAUUGUAUAGUGUUCUCAUACCAGGAGUUAUGAAUUUGUCUUUUUCUGGAUUGCUAGAAGGAAAAGGUUUAUACUUCUAUUAUGUCAAACCUGAAACAAGAACAUCUGGUGGACUUGUAGCUCAACCUGCAACAUCUCACUAUUUCAGAAGUGACAAUUUUAAAUCUUGUCUAUAUAAUGCUAAUAUCUACACUAGCCCCAUCGAGUCGAUCUUGUGUCUGGAUUCCUAUCAGAGCAUGUACAGUCAGAUGCUAUGCGGACUUUUGGAGCGGAAUCAAGUCGUCAGGAUUGGUACAAUAUUCGCCUCGAGUCUUCUCCGUGCCAUAAGCUUUCUUCAGCUUAAUUGGCAGGAUCUUCUUCAGGAUAUCAUGUCAGGAACACUAAACAAUCGCAUUACUGAUCCGUCUAUCAGAGAACGCCUCGACAAGGUCAUGAAACCUGAUCGGGAGCUCGCGGAGUUCAUCGAAUCCGAAUGCUCGAAAGAUAAUUGGAAAGGAAUAAUAACAAGAAUUUGGCCUAAUGCCAAAUAUAUCGACGUGACGAUUACGGGAGGAAUGGCUCAGCAUAUUCCGACUCUUGAUUACUAUAGCGGCGGUUUGCCAUUAGUUUCCACUAUAUAUGCCUCAUCGGAAUGUUUCUUUGGUUUAAACUUGAAUCCAUUUUGCAAACCAUCAGAAGUUUCUUAUACCAUCAUGCCAAACAUGGCCUAUUUCGAGUUCUUACCUCAUGAACCUAAUUCGUGCGGGUUAAAUCGUGAGUCGCCGCCUAAACUCGUUAACCUAGCAGAUGUUGAGGUUGGUAAAGAGUACGAAAUUGUUGUAACUACCUUUGCAGGUUUAUAUAGAUACCGAGUUGAUGACAUCCUCCGAGUCACCGGGUUUCAUAACUCAGCUCCUCAAUUCCAUUUCGUAGGAAGAAAGAACGUCUUACUCGGUAUCGACAUAAACGAAGCCGAGUUACAAAACUCUAUAGAAAAUGCAUCUCGACUUUUGCACGAAUGCAAUACAAGCGUGACAGAUUAUACAUGUUUCGCGGAUACAAACACAAACCCUGGCCAUUUUGUGAUUUACUUGGAGCUAUCGAUGAAUAAUUCGGCUGAGUCACUGAGUGAUGACGUAUUGAGUCAAUGUUGCUAUGCGACGGAGGAAUCAUUGAACUCGAUGUAUCGACAAGGUCGGUUUGAGUACUAUUGGAUAGGUCCAUUAGAGAUAAGAGUUGUAAAGAAAGGAGCAUUUGAUGAGUUGAUGGAUUUUGUAGUAUCAAAAGGGGCAUCAAUGAAUCAGUAUAAGGUACCAAGAUUUGUGAGUUCAACACCAAUAAUAGAGUUGCUUGAUUCAAGAGUUGUAUCUUCACAUUUUAGUCCAUCUUUGCCUCAUUGGAACCCAUAAAGAACAUAUUUUUCUCUUUUUU